AUGCUACGCCCAAUCCGCUUCUGUUCGUCCGUCAUCACCACGAUCGUGACAAAGUCGAAGCAAUAUCGAAAAAGAAACCAACCGGUCGAGGCUGUAGAAGAAGCGGUUGAUGACGAUAAGGAAAACGUCGAAGUAGCUCCUGAAAAACAGCGCCCAGACCUUCUGAUCGUCAAACCUGGCGAUUGUGUGCUGGCCAUGAAAGAACGUACAGCGGCUGGCUACGGCAAAUACAAGAAAGGCGAUGUCUUGGUUGUCGUCGAGCCCAUCGGAGAUGAUCAUUUCCGAGGCCACCCCUUUGGUAAAAAGCAUCAAAUGGCCAUCUACCCCCUCUCUGACGUCUUCCUCUCUGUGGCGCCAGAGAAAGGCAUGGCUGCAAUUGAAGAGGAAGAAGAAAACUACGGAAAAGUCCAAGCCGAAAUGGCGAUUAAUGAUGUCAUCACCCAAGAUUCUGAUGCUCCUGGUUCAUCAACCAGCAAAGCUAAUAGAAACCCUGAAGCUCCGAUCACGAUUCGGAAGUCACGCUCGAGAACUGGACUGGCCCAACGAAUCUCGAACCGAUUCCGUCGUCGCCGUUCCAGAACCCCAUCGGCUCCAGUGGCGGCCGCCACUGUUGAAGCUGUCCCGAAAGUCAAAGUUGUUGAAGCUGAGGAGAAGCCGGCAGCUGUUGUCAUCGUCACACCGCCACCACGGGAAGAUCAACAUUCACCACAGCGCCCGCUUCCACAGAAUAUUGUGCAAGGGAUUAUGCCCGGACCGCGACCAAUUCGAAAUCCGCGCGAUACCCGGAAUCCAUUGAUUUCGAUCGAAAGGGAGUUGGUACAGCGGACGCCACGUAUCCAAGCCGCUGAACCGAGGUCUCGUGAAUUGCCAAUUCCCGCGGGUUUCAUGGAACGGGUGCUUCACAACGAAAGUCAAGACUUUUAUUUUGGUGCGAUCGAUCAUGUGGAGUCUGCAAAAGUCUUGGACGGCUGCACUGACGGUACAUUCUUCGUCCGCUAUAGUAAUGCCCGAGACCGUAACGUGCUGGUUCUAAGGUAUCAUGGUCAGGACCGCCACAUCGUUAUUGAAACUGAUACUAACUAUCAAUAUUGGAUUGAUGAAGGGAUCACAUUCAAGUAUAUUUUGGAUCUGGUAAUCUACUAUCGUUCUCAUGAUCUGCGAUGCUGCCGGAUUUACCUAGCACUGCGCAACCAGCUCAACCGUUAUUAUGUUUACACUGCCCAAUACGAUUUCAAACGUCCGGAAGAACAAUUCCUUGAAUUGAAAGUGGGCGAUGUUGUCCAUGUGAUUUCGACGGCUGGCGAUGCCCGUGGAUGGUGGAGAGGAGUCUGCGGGAUCAAGGAAGGCUACUUCCCAUUCCGAUAUGUCAAUCCCUUCCACAAAGCAAUCUCUAACGCCCCCCUAAACAAGAGGAUCAGCGGCCUC